AUGAGCUCUGCUGUUUGGGAGUUACCCAACUUGAAAGAACUCGAUCUAGGAGGAAAUUACUUUUCAUGCUUAAGUUUUGGUCUCAUGCGAAUUCCUCGGCUCAAAUUUCUCGAUGUGUCAUCUUGCACAUGCCUUGUAAAAUUAUCAGAGCUCCCAUCAAGCAUAGCUGUUCUUAAAGCAAAUGAUUGCAAGUCACUUAAAACUUUUGGAGAUACUUAUAACUGUAAAUGGUUGUGGAAAGUCUCGCUUUUUGGGGCCCACGAAGUAGGUUUAGCUGCUGGUUCCAUGUUGCUAGAUUAUGUGCUUAAGGAUUUUGAUGAAGAACUAGGGUAUGGUUCUGACAAAGAACUGGAGCAGGAAUCCAAUGAAGAACUGGACCCAGAAUAUGUGACACAUGUAGGAUAUGUUUCCUUUAGUUCAUUGAGGCACAUUAUAUCCUUGAAUUCAACUUACAAUGUGAUCACGAUUUCGGUAGAUCAAUUUGAUUUCAAUCUUAUAGAGACAACUAGAAAUAGAAUAGGAGCUAAACUCAUUCCUAGGAAAAAUAUAGAUGAUCUGGUGCAAACAACAAAAGAAGAAACAGGAAACUCAGAAUUUUGGGAUGAGGAAGUUGGCCUUACAUCGACAAUUACCAUUGAACCUGAUUCAUCAAUCAAGAUUGUAUUGUUGACCUGA